AUGGCACGCUUCAAAGUCAUAAUUGUUGGCGGAGGUCUCGCAGGCUCCCUGCUGGCCAACGGCCUGGUGAACAAUGGCGUGGACGUCAUUGUUUACGAGCGUGACGCCGCUGAUUCCAAACGGGAAGGGUAUCAGAUCCGCCUCGGCGGGCCCGCAUAUACUGGGUUUGAGGCGUGCCUGGCCGACGACCACCGCGCCGCCGUCCUCUCCAAGCUUGGCCAGACUUCGGGCGAGGUAAACACGGCACCUUCUAUCGUCAACUCCCGCUUCGAGACGAUACUGGACAUGUCCCAGUUCCCCAGCUAUUCAAAAUCAGCCGCCAUCAACCGUGUCGUGCUACGGAACACCCUGCUUGAUCCCAUCAUCGCGCUUGGACGUGUGCGAUUUGGCAAGAAGCUCGUCAGUUAUGAAAUUGUUGCUGAUAAAAAAGGCAAUGAGCAUGUUGAGGUGCACUUUUCCGACGGCUCUGUAGACAACUGCGAUGUUCUCGUUGGUGCUGAUGGCAGUGGUUCCAAAAUAAACCAUCAGCUUGGACUCAGGAACCUUGUGGAAAUCGACACAGAAGUCGGGCUCCUGCACAAGGGCGAUUUGACAAGCAUGUAUCUCCCGGCUGCCGCGAACCAGGCACCCGAAAACGCCAAUGGGACCCGCUACGACCUGGAAAAUGGAUCUUUUUUCUGGGGCAUGGGGUUGAGCCGCAGCCUUGUCCCAUACGAGAAUCUAUCCGAUAUCCCAGACAAGAUGAAAUUCAUACUGGGGCUUGUCAAAGACUGGGCGCCUGAGUUGUAA